AUGGUGAUGGUGAUGAUGGUGAGGCUGAUGGAGGUAGUGAUGGUGGUCGUGAUGAUAGUCAUGGUGACGGUAGUCAUGGUGAUGCUGGUGACAGUGACAGUGAUGGUGAUGGUGAAGGAGGGAAGAGCCAGGAAAUGCUGCUCCACCGAGGACAUCAGACGCCCAGACGGAGUCACUUCCUGCCUCGGGGGGCCCUACUGGGAGGACUCAGGGAACCCGGUGAGACUGACAGGCUCCAGCUCGCCGUGCCAAGGGCAGCUGGAGGUCCUCCUCGGGCCCACGUGGCGCACAGUGUCUAGCUGGAGCUGGAGACAGAACCAGAACCGCUGGGAGGACCCCAAGAAGGCCUCGAAGCUCUGCCGGAGCCUGUCUUGCGGGGACGCCUUGGCCUUGGCCCACUUCCCUGACUUCAACAGUCCCCAGGCCCCGGUCACCUGCCAUGGCCACCUGGGGUCCUUCUCCAACUGCAGCUCCAGUGAGGCCACCCAGAGGAGCCCUCUGGGCCUGAUCUGCCUAGAGCCACAGAAGACAACAGCUCCUCCCACGAGCCCCCCACCCACCACCACUCCAGAGCCCACAGCUCCUCCCAGGCUGCAGCUGGUGGCCGGGCCCGGGGGCCUGCGCUGCGCCGGCGUGGUGGAGUUCUACUACGGCAGCCUGGGGGGGGCCAUCGGCUACGAGGCGCAGGACCAGGACGGGACCCAGGACCUGAAGAACCGCAUCUGUGCGGCCCUCCAGUGUGGCUCCUUCCUGAAGCAUCUGCCGGAGGCCCAAACGACCAGGACCCAAGAUCCAGGGGACAGCGAGCCCUUGCCCGUUCGAUGGAAGAUCCAGAACGCGAGCUGCGCCUCUCUGGAACAGUGCUUCGGAAAAGUCCCCCCCUAUGAGGGCGGCCAAGCUCUGGCCCUCGUCUGUUCUGGUUUCCAGCCCAAGGUGCAGAGCCGCCUGGUGGGGGGCAGCAGCUUGUGCGAAGGCUCCGUGGAGGUGCGCCAGGGCAAGCGGUGGGACGUCCUGUGCGACGUGCCCCGGGCCAAGGGCACAGCGCGGUGGGAGGAGGUGUGCCGGGAGCAGCAGUGCGGCAAAGUCAACUUCUACCGGGUGCUGGAUGCCGCCGAGAAGACCUCCCACGGCUUCUCCUGUCCGCAGGAGAAGCUGUCCCAGUGCCACCAGCUGCAAGAGAAAAAAGCCCACUGCAAGAGGGUGUUCGUCACGUGCCAGGACCCAAACCCGGCAGGCCUGGGCGCAGGCACCGUGGUGAGCAUCAUCCUAGCUCUUGUGCUCUUGGCAGUGCUGCUGGUCGUGUGCGGCCCUCACGCCUACAGGAAGCUGGUGAAGAAAUUCCGCCAGAAGAAACAGCGCCAGUGGAUUGGCCCCACAGGAAUGAACCAGAACAUGUCUUUCCAUCGCAACCACACGGCGACCGUCCGGUCCCAGGUUGAGAACCCCACGGUCUCAUCCGUGGAGAACGAAUACAGUCAGCCGCCCAGGAACUCCCACGUCUCUGCUCAUGCAGCUCUGGAAGGGGCCCUGCAUCGUGUUUCCACCCAGCCUGAUAAUUCCUCCGAUAGUGACUACGAUUUGCACGGGGCUCAGAGGCUGUGAAAGAACCAGGCACCAGGCACGAAACAUCAAGA